AUGAAUGAAUUAAAAAUAAGACAUGCUGCAAAACUAGGUCUUUUUUCAAAGAGGACCUAAUGUCUAUAUAGAGUAUCCAAUUCCAAUAGAAUUAGAAAACAAGCCUUCUAGCUCUUCAUUCUUAUCGUGCCUAUAGAUUUGAAAAGAAAUGGAUAGCAUAGCAAGAAAAUGGAGAGAUCUUAGUGGCCAAAGUAACUGGCAAGGUCUGCUAGAUUCUCUAGACAUAGACCUUCGCCGUUACAUACUACACUAUGGACAACUUGCUCAGGCAACAUACGAUGCCUUCAACUCGGAGAAUGGGAAUUGUCGAUAUCCUAUGAGUGAUUUCUUUUCCAAAGUUGGUUUGGAAAAUGGGAAUCCUUUCAAGUAUGUUGUGACCAAGUUCCUAUAUGCAACUUCCCAAACCAGUGCCCCUAGAGCGUGUAUCUUGAACUUGUUUUCGAAGAAAGAAUGGAACACGCGAACAAAUUGGAUAGGGUAUGUUGCUGUUGCCACUGAUGAAGGGAAAGAAGCAUUGGGGAGGAGGGACAUAGUGGUUACUUGGAGAGGAACAAUUCAGGCCUCUGAAUGGGUUGAUAAUUUAAAUUUCGAUUUGGAUCCUGCGCCAGAAAUGUUUGCUGUUGAUUCUCCUUUCCAAGUACACGAUGGCUUUUACUCCAUGUACACCUCAAAUAACCCGGAGGAUGUACAAUUCGGUCUUACCAGUGUUAGAAACCAGGUACAAGAAGAGGUUAAAAGACUUGUGGAGGAAUAUAAGAACGAAGAAAUAAGCAUAACUGUGACUGGGCACAGCUUAGGUGCUGCACUAGCAACUUUAAGUGCACUGGACAUAGUUGCCCAAAAGUGGAACAUAUCAAAAGACCAACAACCUUCGAAAGCGUGUCCAGUGACAGCAUUUUUAUUCGCUAGUCCUCGUGUUGGAAACUCUCACUUUGGGAAGAUCUUCAACGAAUACAAAGAUAAGAACUUGCGAGCAUUGCGUAUUCGUAAUAAAAAAGAUAAUGUCCCAAAAGUUCCGUUUAGACUCUUUCCUUGGGGCUUCACGCAUGUGGGGGAAGAGUUAGUGAUCGACACUAGAAAAUCAGAGUUCUUGAAGAGUGAUGCUAGUUCGCAUAGUUUGGAGGUGUACCUGCACGGAAUUGCUGGAACAAAAGAGAAAAAAUCAGAUGGUACUUGGCCAAUUAUGGAUCAAAUUCAUGAUGAUGUUCAGGCCAUACAUGUUGAAACAGGUCUAGCUCAGGCGGCCUGAAUUAUUAUAAAUCCUUAAUUUAUAAUUGUCUUUGAUUUCUAUAGAUUAAAAAAAAUUAAUUUUAUAAACAGUUUAAUUAGGAUAUUAAUGUUUUGUUCUGUUGUGUGUGUUAAUGCCCUCUUUGCUAGUUGUUUAUGUUUCUGUAAGGGGCGACGUAAUGUGAAAUAAAGUUUCAAUGUAAUGAGUAUUGCUUGUAUAUUAUAUAGUUUUUCCGUUUUAUUUUUUUCAUUUUAGAUCAUUGUCCAAAAACCUGUAUGCUCUAUUUGUAUCAAAAUAUUUAAGGAAUAUUCAUUUGUCC